GAACCGGCGCCCGAGCGAGCUGCACACGUUACAUUCCGUAUACGGUAUUGCGUUUUUUUCCAUUACGGGAGAAGGAACCAAGCCCUUCCCUUACAUAUUUCCCCAAUCAAAGUCAAGUUUUUUACGCAAAAUAUUGAUAAGGGGAAACUGGUGUUCCCCUUAAUCCUUGCAAUUAUCAACACGUAAUCAUAACAUUCCAGAUAAUUUACCAAUCUAUUGAUUGACCAUAAAUCGUCAGUCACCUGACAAUUCCGGGAAGUGUUAAAAAAUACUAUUCUAUAUCUAUUCUGGAGACGAGUGUCAAAUUUUGACAUCGCUCCAGCUGGAACCGGCAGACCAUUCCAAUCUGUGACAUAAUGCAGUUUCUAAUCAAUACGUGAAAUUCCUGAUAUUGUGAUAGUGCCAGGUGCAUAAAUACAGAAAAAAAUAGUAAUCAGUGAGCUAAAUGUAUGAAGAAGUGACAUAUUUUAGUGCGUUGAAUAGUGAGAUUUAAGAAAAUCGAAACUGAGAUUACAAUCAGCUGUGAAACGUCAAGGGCGACGCCGGCUAGCCGGACUACCCCCACUCUUGCUACAAUUUUGCCUGCAAGGUUUUUUAUUUCGGAUAUGCAUUGAAGUAAAAUAUAUAGCAUAAUUAUUGUAAUUUUUUUGUUCAACGGAAGGAGUGAAGAAGGGGUUAUUUAUGGUUUAUGGUGUACUAAAAGUGAAUGAUGUCGAGGGAGACCCCGCCCAGAGAGCCCAGGGGUGAGAGCCCUUCGCCGGCAGGUGGUAGUCCGCGUACACCACGUGGCGGUCUCUUGAGGGAUCGUGUGAGUUUUUUUGAGCGAAUUUUGACCACCCAAAAUCGAUCUGUCAGCACUGAAAAUCUUGAGCGAGCGGAAUCACCCACCAGGGCCAGUGACAGCUCCUUCGAGGAGUCCUUUGAGCGACUUGUCGAAGAAGGCGAGCUGAAUGGGGCUAAAGUCGUUAAAUUUGAAAAGAUAACUGUGAGGAAGAGUGUGAGGGAGGUGACGUCCAUGAGUAGAACUCCCAGUGAGGAGCAUGGACUCGAGGAUUCAGCCUAUCAGAGCCAUGGAAUUCAGGGGAGCCAUGGGAGCAAGUCCAGCUCAGUAACGAGCUUUGCCAGGUUUCCAUCUGAGGAGAGCCUCGACCAGAGGACCGGGGAGGACAGAGGGGGUUCCGAGUGGUAUGCUGAGUUUCAUAGCCAGAGCUUCCAGAAUGUUUCUGCUAGGAUGGAGUACGUGAGGAGUCGGAGUGAAUAUGAUGCACAUAUUCGGGAGAUUAAGGAUGAGCAGGAACGAGUGCAGAAGAAAACCUUCGUCAAUUGGAUCAACUCUUACCUCUCUAAGAGAAUUCCACCGCUGCGAGUGGACGACCUAAUCGAGGACCUGAAGGAUGGUACUCGUCUUCUGGCCCUUUUGGAAGUUCUUUCUGGAGAGAAAUUGCCAGUGGAACGGGGCAGGAACCUGAAACGACCCCACUUCCUCAGCAAUGCCAAUACUGCACUACAGUUUUUACAAAGCAAAAAGAUUAAAUUAGUCAACAUAAACUCAUCGGAUCUCGUGGAUGGACGUCCACCAGUUGUGCUAGGUCUCAUUUGGACCAUCAUCCUGUACUUCCAGCUACGGUCGAAGGAUCGAAAAAUGAUUGAGGAGAACACCAGAGCACUGGAGUAUCUCGGCCAGACAUGGGGUAGUCAGAGCAGUUUGGAGAGUUUAGGGACUCAGGGAUCAGUGGCUAGUGAGAAAAAACGGUUGAGCAGUGAGAAAUGGAAACAAGGAGCCAGAAAGACUCUACUUCAGUGGGUCACCAAUGCAUUGCCAAAAGAAAUGGGAAUAACAGUUCGUGAUUUUGGGGAGAGUUGGCGCGAUGGCAAUGCUUUCUUGGGGAUAAUCGACGCAAUUAAACAAAAUCUUGUGAACAUAGCUGCUAUGAGAGGUGCUACAAAUCGCGCUCGAUUGGAGACAGCUUUCAAUGUUGCUGAAGAGAAAUUAGGAAUAGCUCGUUUACUGGAUCCAGAGGAUGUCGAUGUACCUCAGCCGGAUGAAAAAUCUAUUAUGACUUAUGUUGCACAAUUUUUGCACAAAUAUCCAGAGCCAAAAUCAUGUGAUAAUGAUUCAUUUGCCACUGUACAGCAGGAGUAUGAUGCUCUUCUUACUUGGCUCAAUGAACGCACGAGGAUGCUUGAGCAGUUUGACAGAACUCACUCGUUUCCAUCGAGUUAUUCGGAUUACGUCGUGGUUCGAGCUGAUGCUGAUGAGAAAUUAGUUCUCUACCAGAAGCUUCACCGCCUCGUCGACACUCCGAGUGUUAUCAGCAUAACUCGGGAUUCGUGGAAGAGCAUUGAAAUUCUCUGGGAGAAGCUCGAGGUGCUUCUGUCGAAAUGGCUGUGGCUUCUGGACUCAUCGCUGCCAGGGGAAAUUGGGGAGACCGGCCGUUGGCUGGCAUUGGCCGAGUCCCUCAUAACUUCAGAUCACAACAUCCCUGACGAAAUGAACGAGACAACCGCAGGAAUAAUCUCUGAGAAAUUAGAGGAGCACAAAAAGUUCUUCCUGGACCUGCCAAUCAUGGUGGAGAAGUUUCACCGCGUGAAAACUUCACAAAUCGCUCGUCAGAUACCUCCUGCACAAUUAGAGAAUAUGGCGCAGCGUUUUGAGUCCUUACCUGAUCGUGCAGCCAAGCGCAGAAUAAAACUCAAAUUCCUGGAGCACAAGUGCUGUCUCGUGGCCUUCCUCUACCUUGUAGAAACGAAGCUGAAGACGUGGAGCGUAAAAUACGGGACCGAAGAACAGGUCAAUCAAAUGCUGGAGCAAUAUCGAAAUUUCGUCUCUCGAAAUAGAAUUUUCCAGGAAUUUCAGAAAGCUUAUCUGGAUAUGCAACAAGUUGUGGAGGAGUGCAAACGCGAUGGUGGAAUUGAUCGGGAGGAGGCCCAGAAUAUUGAUCGUUUCAUGUUCGAGACUUCAGAGAAGUGGAAGAAGAUUUCCAUGAAUCUUCGUUGUGUUCAGAGUAUGCUGGAAGAGCUUGUGGCUUAUUGGCGUCGUUGGACCUCGAUUUCUGACGAAUUUGAGGCAUGGCUGCUACGCGCUGAACCGGCUCUUCAGUUACCCGAUGAAGAAAAGAUGGAGUUCUUCCAAGAUAUUGGCAUCUGGAAAGACAAACACCAACAACUAUCCGAAACUGUGAGCUUCCUAGUUGCUACCUCGGAUGACAAUGUCUCCCUCCAGCUUCGCGAUCGCUUCGCAGAUAUGACAAAUCGGUGGGAACGACUCUUCCUCGAGGCUCGGCAAUACAUGCAUGCCGGUGACCUCCUCAGAAAUCGGAAGAGCUAUAGAUCUGAAGUCGAACGUCUUCAAACAUGGCUCCGCAACGCUGAAGACGCUCUGUCAACUUCUCAGCUAACAUCGAUAGAGAAAAUAAAAGCCUACGGCGAACGACUCGAGACCCUGAACAAUGAGAUCGAGGGUAUCGAGGAGUUGUUCAGAAGCAUCUCCAAGAAAUUCCAAACGCUAAUUCAAGAUUUAUCCCGAGAAGAGGUGGACAAGAUGAUGAAUACCUUGAAGAGGGAGAAAGAGGAGCUAGUGAAGGUUCGUGCGUUGAUUCCUAUGGGGUUGCACCUGUACCAUCAGUUAUUGGUCCAGCACGAGUCUUUGGAAACAGGGAUUCGAGAAAUAUCUUCGUGGUUGGAUGAGGCCGAGCGUUUGCUGGGAUCAAUAGAUCUCUCAGGAGGGAGAGACUCCGCUCUGAACCAACUGGAACGCCACAAGAUGUUUUUCUCUAGAACUCUGUACUAUAAAUCGAUGCUCGACUCUAAAAAUAAACUUUUCUCAAGCAUCGUCAAGUCUGUCGAUGCCCAGGGUAAUCCGGAGACUGCCGAGGGAGGAAAGCAUUUGCGAGCUUUAACUGAGCGAUUCGCGAGAGUCUCUCAGACGGCACAAAUUAAUGAACAACGACUACAGGAGGCUGUCAGAUGUUGGACUAAAUUCAGGGAGUGUGAGAGACAGAUUUUUGAAUGGUUGACAGCUGCUGAGAAUUUGAUCAGUGACAGGAGAAAUGAUAACAGGCAGAGUGUUGAUAAUCACAAAGCAUUCUUCGGUAAAGUCAAUGAACGAUGGAUGCAAGAUCUCAUAAAUGCUGGUCAAGAUCUUAGAAAUGCACUUCCGCCUGCUCAACAGCAACCGAUCAUCGACGCUGUUGAUGGGCUACAACAGCGGUGGAGGGAUGUACUGGCAUUCGCGCCUCUUCACUUGAUGAGAUUGGAAUUCCGCCUGGAUGAAACAACUUUCUUGCAGUAUCUCAAAGACAUUGAAAUGGAGAUCAAUUCGGAGCAACAGGCGUUGAUGAAAAAUAACAAUGUUGACUCAAUUCUUGGGCGGAAUGAAGAAUUCUUUGUGAAGAAGGGAGUGAUCAGUGAGGUACAGAAGAGUCUACAAAGUUUGAAGAAGAUUAGCAUUGCCUACACCCAGAUGAAGCCUGAGGAUAAGACAUUGCAGGAUGCAGUGGCGCAGGCGGAACAGUUGUGGGAGGAUUCGGCUCAGAGGAUUGAGAAUUUGAGGGAACAGCUGAAACAAGUCCCUGAACAGUGGGCUACGUAUAGAAACAAAUUUGAUGAAAUGGUAAGAUGGAUGGAUCACGUUGAUGGUAUCAUUCGAACAAUUCUCAAAGAAGUGAACUCCCUGGAAGAGUUCCAGAAAGAACGAACAAUUUUCCAAAAUGUGUGCCAUGAAGCUGACAACAAACGAGAAGAUAUGAAAUGGUUGGUCCAGACUCUUGACAGUCUGACAACAAAUCGUUCGGACACUGAGGCUGUGAAUGAGCAACGUCAGUUGGAACAUUUGAUAGCUCGUUAUAAGAAUCUAAUUCCAACGAUUGAGAUAACAAUGACAAAGACGGACAUCUAUACGAAGAGUUAUACUUAUCGUAAAGAAGUUCAUGAGGUUUGCACUUUGCUGGAAAAAGUGAGGAGAGAGUUUACAGUGGAGAGUCCAGAGGUACCAGCUGAGGGCGAGAAGGCAGCUGAAGUGUUGAAAGAGGCUGUCAGCAAUCAAGAGAGUCGAUUGAGUCAACUGGAGACUCAAAGAGCUAAUAUCCUCAGUAUGCUGCAGCGUGGAAAAGAUUUGCUGAAGGAUCAACAUGCCCCUUCAUUCGUUUCCUCGGAAAUUCAACAGUUGGAGUCGAGCUGGAAUGACACUUAUGGCCACAGUGUUGACGCCCUGAAGACCCUGAAGACAUCCCAAAAAUUGUGGGAAGCGUAUGAGCAGCAAAAGGAGGAAAUCACGAAGUUGAUGAGAGAAGCGAAUGACGAAAUUCAGAAGAUCAAGAGUAUGAGCUUCAGGGACUCUCAACAGGUUGCUUCUAACAUCCAAUUCCAGAAGGAAUUCUGCUCGAAUUUGAAGAAAACCUCCGGGGAAAUUAUCUCCAAAUUGAAAGAUACCGAAGAAAAAAUACGCGAUAUUUCUCCUGGGGAGAUUACAAUUACCAUCAGGGAGGAAAUAACGAAGAUUGAGAAAGUUGUGCAUACGACCAUUGAGACAGUGGAAAAACGUGUAACUCAUCUGGAAAAGCAAGGGGCUAAGUGGGCUAAAGUACAGAGUGAAAUGUCUGAGCUGAAGAAUUGGACUCAGCAGAGUGCUCCGCAGGUAAUUGCCACUGUACAGGAUGUCGCUACGACACCAGAGGAGAGAGUGAGGAAAACAGAUAUGCUGCAGAAGCAGAUAGUCGAUAGAAUCUCGAAUCUCAAGACGCUGGAGGAAGAAUCCAAGGAAUUGAUAACAGAGCAAACAACCCCUGACUCCAAGCUUCUAAAAACUGAGAUAAUUGAGCUUGAGAAAUCCCUGCAAGCCCUCAACGAUAGCAUUACUCAUCAACGAGAGAGCGCAACGAAAAAUCUUGCCACUUGGAAACAGUACGAAGUGAAAAUUGAGAAAGUAAAACCUUGGAUUAUGCAGGCUGAGACUCAAGUUGCGACAAUAGGCUCAAAACCAUCAACUCUCCCUCAAGCCUUCGAAAUGCUUCAAACAGCAAGAGCUUUCGAGCGCCAGUGUCAGCAGCAUUUGCCGCAGAUCCAAGAUCUGUCUCAAGUGAGUCAACAGAUUGAGGGAAGAACAGUAGCUGCAGACGAAGUUGAUGCAGUUUACACUCGCUGGAAUGCUGUCCACGACGUCUCGCUGCAAACAACCACGAAACUAGACAAAUUAGUGUUAUCUUGGACCGAUUUCGAGAAGGACAUGGGACAGUUCGAUAAUUGGCUCAGGAGAAGUGAAGAGACUGCAGAGAUUCGGCCGAAUGUUCAAACCCCAGAGCCAUCGAAGUUAGAGCAAGACCUUAAUCGUUUGAAAGAGUUCAAUAAAGUGAUUUCCGAUAGACAGGCACAACUGAUUUCUCUCACUCAGGUGUCUGAUCACAUCAGCCAUGGCUUGUCUAUCGAAGGUGCCACGGCACUCAAAACUCGAGUCUCUGAGACAAAGGGACGAGUGGGAAAGCUCGCCGACAAUGUCAGACAACAGAUCAAUCUCGUCUCAGACGCUCUCCUCGCUCGCCAAGAAUUCCAAAUGAAAAUUUCAGAAUUCGAAACGUGGAUGACACAGUCACGUACCAAUAUCACUGAAGUCAGCGAUGUUAAUAUCGACAAUGUCGACCGUAAUCUUCAAGCUCUUCAUGGGUAUCUCCAGGAACACCGGGAGAAGCAGCCCAGUUUUGCAAAAAUCUACGAAGAAGUCAAACGACUUUCUGCACAAGGAACACCUCAGGAGGCUGAAGCUCUCAACGAGGUUUACACGAAUUUAGCCGAGAAAUACAAAGCUCUGGAGGAUGAUGUGCAGAAGAGGAAGAAGGGCUUGGAGAAGUGGGGAGAGCUUCUCAACUGGCACAACGAAACGAAUGCCCAACUCACCCACACGAAAUACGAAUUAGACAACAGAAAGCCGACUGUUGAAGAUCUGGAUAAAUUGUCGAUUGAGAUUCAAAAGGUUUGUAGUAAGAUUGAGGGUUGGAAAGAACAAUUUCCCCUAGUAGAUGAUACAAUGGGCAUAAGAAUGAGAGACAAGCAGGGAAAACCUUUGACAGCUGCGAGUCUCGUUCACGAAUUAGAGAAUAAAGCAAUGGCUUUGAAAACUGAAAUCUCCACGAAGCGGCAUAAACUGGAGACUCUCGGAGCUCGCUGGGACAAUUUCCGAAAACUCCAGGAGAAAUUAACGGAGGACAUUGUUACAACUCAGUCAUCGUUACAGGAAAUCACAAUUUCAGUGAAAACAUGCGAGCAAUUAAGUCCAGCAGUUGAGAAGAUCGAUGACUUGAUUGAGGAUCAUCAACGGAGAGAGUCGGACAAGAAUACUCUUCAUCGCGAGGGCAAUAAUCUCAUAAAAGAGGAUCAAAAAGCGAUGACCAAUGUUCAAGUUGUUGUCUCUUCGGUGGAUGCCAACUGGGAGAAGGUACAUGAGUUAUUGAAGGAACAGCGAAAAAAAUAUUCCGAGAUGGACGCCAACUGGAAGAGCUACCAGGAAUCCAGGGAGAAACUUGUUAAAUUCAUGGAAGACUCUAAGAAUCUACAAACUGCCCUACAUGAAAUCCCGAAUGAUGUCACCCAGGCGAAUGUCGCUCUUGAGAAGCAUAAGCGAGCCGGGGAAAUCCUGAAGAAAGGAAAACAAUUCUUAGAGAAGAUGGACCAGAAAGCCCAGCAAAUCAUCAAGGAGGCUUCCUUGAUGCCAAACUUCAGAGCUGAAGUAAUAGAGAAUGAUUUGUCCCAGAUGAGGAUCGAAUAUCAAGAAACUUACGCGAAAAUACUAGAAAAAACUCAGACAUUGGAAACUCAGGUCAUAAUUUGGAAGCAAAUCGAGGAGUCGAAGUACGAAUUGACUCGAUGGUUGAGCGAUACAAAUGAAGCUUUGACGUCAGCUUAUGAACGUUUGACUGACGCAGAGAAUGGACAGGUGAGAUUGACUCGAUAUCGGGAGGAACUUCCAACUUAUCAACUCCUUCGUGAAGGUGUAAGAACGAAAACUGAGCAAAUAAUGAGAAUGAAUAAUAACGCGAGCAUCACAACGUUAGAUUCUCUGAACAAAGUUCUGGACGAUCAAUUUAAAGUGGUCCAGGAAUCUGCCGACAAGUUAGCUGCCUUCACUUCAAAUUUAACUGAAAAAGAAAGAUCAAUAAAGAAGAAUCUUAAGAAGUCUAGCGAUCAAAUCUCGAAGAUUCGAGAGGACAUUAUAAAAUGUGAUGAUUUGACUGGAGAAAACACCAGAAUUUUGGUGAGAAUUAAUAAGUGUCAGCAGUUGAAGAAAGAACUCGAAGAUUGCGACAAAGAUCUUCUACGAGUGCAACAGGAAAUCGCAACUGCAUCUGAAAGUUAUCCAGCGAUUCGUCAUUCAACUUUGCCGAAAGAGCUGGAUUCGAUUCAGGAACGACGCAAAGGUGUCGUCAGCCACGCUGACAAGGUGGCAGCAACAUUGGUGGCAUUUUUAACCAAAAUCUAUAAUGAGAAAUUCAAUGCUCUUCAACGAUUGGUUGCUACCCAUAAGGAGAAAGUUCAGUGGUGUGCACCGGAACAGAACAGCGAUAAAUAUAAUCUUGAAGUGAAGAUGACAUCCUUAAUUGACGUUGAAAAAGGAAUAAAAGAGUGCAAAGCUAGGAAAAUUGAAACGGACAAGUCCCUAGGACUCUUAAAAACCGUCGAAACUCCGGAGACCAUUGAUGCACUUACUGCUGAACGUGACAGUGUCUCCAGAGAUCUAGAAUCAUUGGAAGACGAUUAUUCAAAAAUAAAGGGAAUUCUCCAAAAGAACAUUGAAUUGUGGCAGCGAUAUGAGACUAACUCGGAGAACAUUUCUACGUGGCUCAAAGAAACUGAGAAUAGAAUCAGGACAGAGGGUACUGGUUUAAUAGAAUUACCUCACGUCGAGGACAAAAUUAACGAAAUUGGUGAUUACAUCAAAACAGUGAACGCAUUCGAGAAGGAGAUCAAAGAUUUAACAGCCCUUGGAGAUGAGAUCGUGAAAGUUAGUCCGGAAUCUCGAGUGACUCAGUACGUCAGCCACUUAAUUGCUCGUUACCAAGCUAUUCAGAAAUUUUUAGCACAGCAUUUGGAGAAAUUGAAAGAAUUGAAGAAUGGAAGGGAUCAGUACAAAUCUCAUGUUCAAGACUUGGAGAACUGGAUCGCGGAGGCUGAGAAAAAGCUAAAAAGUUUGGAUGGCACUAGCGGCCCUAAACCCAUCACUUUCUACCAAGCCCGUCUGAAUGAACUGAAAGCCUUCAGGGAGGAUCGAGAGAAGGGACAAGGAAUUUUGAACAGAAUUUCAGAGGCUGGUGAGGCAUUAUUCCCGAAGAUCACCCCUGAUCAAAGGGAAGCUCUCCGAGCUGAGCUCAGAAAUCUUCGGAGCAGAGUUGAUGCAUUAGGAGAUUGGUCCAACGGAAUUUAUAAAAAGAUCGAGAAUGACAUGAUGCAUAGAUCUUCAUUUGAGGACAAAUACUCUCAAGUGAAACAAUGGUUAUCUGAUACACAAGCAAAAUUGGGUGACAAACAAGAGCUUUUGCCAACACUUCAGGAGAAAAAACUCGCUUUACAUUCGUACAGAGCAAUUGCUCAGGACGUAAGUGUUCAUAAGAACAUUCUUGAACAGUUGUCGACUCGAUUGGGUGAAGUCACGGACGACGAAGCCAGUGAAAUGCUGGCAGGUGUUAUCGAGGGCUACGGGGAACUCGCACAGAAUGUUGAAGAUCGUAUCAGCGUUGCGGAGAAACACGUUGCAAAUCACGAAGCUUAUUCCCAAACAUUCGAUAAAACCCGAGAUUGGAUCAAUUCAGUUAUCAAUGAGUUUUCGCAUUUGGGUGAAGAUGUGCCUGUGGAGAGAGAGUCGGCUAAUGCCAAAAUCAUUCAAAUUCAGAAUAUUCUGUCCCAGAAACCAGAAGCUGAACGAAUUCUUGAGGAUUGCAAUCAACAAUUGAAUAUUAUUCUUGAACAGACGUCACUUGCUGGACAUCCAGCGCUGUCGAAGGCCUAUGAAGCUCAGAAAAAGUCUUGGGAGAGUUUCUUGGCUCAACUUGAAGCCACUAAAGCCAAACUCAAUGCUCUGUUCAACCAAUGGACAGAGUUCGAGAAGGUUAUUGAGGAUUUGGAAGCAUGGACUAAGCAAAUGGAGUCACGGAUAAAGGAUCAAACACUGAAGAGCACCGAAGAAACUAAGCGGAAUUAUCUUGAUAAUUUGAGAAGCCUUGAAGAAGAGAUUUCUGCUAAAGGUGGAGACUUUAAUGCUGCGAUUGAACGAAGCCAAGGCAUCGAGGCUGAUUCGGAAUUAGUGACAAGAAUCUCCAGGCAAUCGACGCGUUACCAGGCUAUCAGAAAUCAAGCCAAAGAGGCCGUUGCCAGAUACGAACAGUAUGUCAAGGAACACAGUGUCUUCAAUGAGCGCUACAAUGAAUUCUUGAAGUGGAUCAACGACGUUCAAGAUGAAUUAGGGAAGCAUAAAGAGAUUGUUGGGGAUUUAGCUGCUCUUCAGAAUCGCCAGAAAAGCAUUCGAGAUCUGGCAGACACCAGGACAAAAGAAAAUCCAAGGUUUGAGUCUGUGAUUGAUCUUGGAGAGAAACUUUAUGCUCACACAUCACCAGAUGGUCGAGAGAUAAUUCGUCAGCAGUUGAGACACUUGCGAACUCUUUGGGACGGAUUCACCGAAGAUUUACAAUUGGCAAAUCAAAAGUUGGAUCAAUGUCUCACUCAAUUUGCCGAGUUUUCAAUGUCUCAGGAGCAAUUGACGUCUUGGUUAAAGGACGUGGAGCGUACCAUGCAUCAGCACACUGAGUUGAAGGCGACACUUGAAGAGAAACGAGCACAAUUGCAAAACCAUCGAAUCAUGCAUCAAGAGAUCAUGUCCUAUCAAAAUCUGAUGGAGUCAGUUUGUGAUAAAGCACAGAGGCUGGUGGAUCAAACUCAAGAUACAUCAUUGAACGUGUAUAUUCAAUCAAUCAAACAACUAUUUCAUAAUAUCGUUAUUAAGUCCCAAGAUCUCCUACAGAAUCUGGAAGAUUGCACUGAGAAACAUAAUAAAUUCAACCUUCAAUGCAAGAACUUUGAAGACUGGUUGAAUUUAGAAAGGGAAAAAUUGGUUGACUGUACUGAUAUCACUGGUGAACGCGCAGACAUCUCCAGAAGGAUAGCAACACUAUCUGUACUGAAGAAUGCUCAAUCGCAGGGUUUGGAUCAGCUUCAAAAAUUGAAGGAACUAUCUAAAGUUGUGGUGGCAACGACAGCAACUAAAGGCCACCCAGCAAUAGUGAAGGAAGUUGAGACCCUCGAAGCUGCUUUGCAACAACAUCUCAACGAGAUUGAGACGGUUGAAACUAGACAAAAUGCUGCCCUCCAGAAGUGGCAGGACUUUGAGAAUCAAAUGGAUGGACACGCUAAGUGGUUUAGAACAAUGGAAGCGGCCUUCAGGGAUCAACAGUUGCAAUCAACCUUGAAGGAUAAGGAGGAUCAUCUACAGGUCUUCAAGGAGAAGAGAGGAAUGAUCUUGAAACGGGAGAAAGAAAUUGAUGAAUUUGUCGACAAGUCUCAUGGACUAUUGAACUCAAGUGGAGUUGAUAGAAUAAAACCGUCGAUUUCUCAAAUCAGUAAUCGAUAUCAACAAUUGCUGGCUUUGAGCAAAGAAGUUGUUGAUCGCUGCCAGACUAUCGUUGAUGAGCAUCGUGCAUUCGAUGUAAAACUUAAGGCUGUCGACGCCUGGUUGACACCGUUAGAACAGAAUCUGAUCGCUCUGAAGGCUGAAGAAAUUGGUGGAGAUUUAGAAGCCAAGAGCAAUCGUCUGAAGAUGCUGUUGAGUGAAAGAGAGCAGGCUGAAGCUAAAAUUUCUUCUCUGAAUGCUGCUGGUGACAGAAUUUUGCCCACCACCUCCGCUCAGGGUCGUGAAUUAAUCAGACAAGAGUUGAGGAGCAUCAGGGAGAGAUGGGACAAGCUUGAUGAGGAUAUUGUGAAGCAACAGAAGAAGCAGGAUGCACAGACUAUGCAGUGGUCAAGCUAUCAGGAGACGCUGCAGCAAAUUCUUGCAUGGCUGGAUAAUACUGAGAGGUCGUUGAAACAGGAUGCAUCAAUGGCUUGGUCCACACUUCCCGAAAUUAGAGCAAAGUUGGUGAAGAGCAAGACUCUCCACCAAGAAAUAGUAGCUCACAAAAGAAUCAUAGAAGCCGUCUCAGAGAAGGCGAAUGCCCUCUCGCAAGCCUCUCAAACUCAACCAGAUAUUAUGGAAAGUGUUUCUUCAGUGUCGAAGAGAUACACUCAAUUGGUAGCUACCUCCCACGAAGGAAUAAGGAAACUCGAGAAGCUUCUGGAAAUCUUCCAACAAUUUCACGAUCUUCAAAAAGCCUAUCAAGACUAUCAGAAGCAGCAGUGGGAUAGGCUUGGCAGUUACACCGAUUAUACAGGCAAUAAAGCAGCUUUGCAGGCGAGACUGGUUAAAGUUGUGGAAAUUCAGGAUGGACUGAGUGAAGGGGAGCACAAAUUUACUGUUCUUGAAGAGCACGUUAAGCAAAAUGCAUCAGCUCUUCCACCAAGAUCACAAGAAUCCAUGGAAAGGGAUGUCUCCAAUCUUAGAUUCGAGAACAAGAAAUUUGCGACAGCCGUGAACGACGUAGUCCGUCGUCUCGAAGAGAGAAUUCAGUCUUGGAAUGAGUAUGAAAAUACCCUGGAACGCCUUCUAGCUUGGCUAUCAGAGGCCGAAGGGAUUCUCAAGAAUUACACGCUGAAGAAUACAAUCGAGGAGAAGCAAGAGCAACUGGAAAGGUACACGGAAUUACGAAAGACAGCUGAAUCACGAGGAACCGAAAUGGCAGAACUGGUGUCACACAGUGAUCACUUGGAGCAAUCCCUGGUGUCCAAUCUCCGCAGCAAUGAAGCCGAGUUCGACAAGAUGGCAGAUGAUUCUACAGACUUGAUAGAAUCCAGUAGUGAGACGAGAUUCUCCUCAAAUGUCCAACAAAUCACUUCGAGAUUUCAAUCGAUCCAAGCAACUGCCAAGGAGCUCGUUAAAAAAUGCGAGCAAGCAACUCAAGAUCAUCUAGUAUAUCUCGAGCGCUACAAACAGUGCAUAGACUGGCUCACAGCAUCACAAUCCCACUACCAAGCAACAUCAGAAAUAUCAACAGCUGACAAACAGGAACUUAUAGUGCACGGUGAAACUUUGAGGAAUCUUCUCGCUCGUAUUGCAGCUGGAACUCUCCUGGUGAAUAAUGCAGUCGAGGCUGGAGAACGAUUAUACCCGACAACCGGUUCGGAAGGCCGAGAUAUAAUUCGCCAGCAGCUGUUGGAUCUUCAAAAGGCCCUGGAAACUCUCCAUGAUGGAGUAACAUCGACGGAGCGUGAUAUCCAGGUGAAAAUAUCCAGAUGGUUGGGCUUUGAUGAGUGCAGUGACAGCUUCGAGAAGUGGCUGUCGAGAUUGGAACAGCAAAUCAAGCCUGAGAUUGAGUUAAGAACCACCUUGGAUGAGAAAAGAAUUCAGCUGCAAGUGUAUCGUGACUCACUUCACGAUAUCCAAACGCAUCAGGAGAAUCUCUUCGCCCUUCGUGAUAAGGCAGAGAAUCUUCCGGAUAAGACAGAAAGAACCGAAAAAAUCAUCACUGGUUUGACUCAAAGACAUGCUAAAUUGCUGAAACGAGUGCAAGGAUUCGUGGAGAAGUAUGAAGCUAUCGUAAGCGAUCAUCAGCAGUACAGCAAAGCUGUGAUGGAAACACAUCAGUGGUUGGAUGCAACUCACAAUGCAGUGAAUCUUUGGGGAGACACUGAGUUGGAGAGAGUCGCCCUUCAUACGAAUUUAGAUAGAUUGAAGAAUCUCAUGCAAGGUCUUCCAGAAGAUGAGCCCAGAAUUCAACAGAUUGAAAAACUCGGCGAGAAGGUAAUCCCAGGCACCCUAGAAUCAGGUCAAGUAAACAUUCGAUCACAGAUUGAUUCAUCUCAACAAGAAUGGCAGAGUCUAGUCUCAGCGAUAAAAUCAACGAUCGAUGCGCUUGAAACGAAACUCCAGCAAUGGAACGAAUUCGAAAUAUUGAAAGAGAAAUGUUUGAAGUGGAUCCAAGAUACUGACACUAAACUUCACGCUGUAGAUCUCAAGUCAACGUUAUCCGAGAAGAAGGAGCAGUUGGAGAAGUUACGAGCUCUUCAAGGAGAAGUCAGAGCAAAAGAAUUGGAAAUUGAUGCUGUGACUGAGAGGGCUCAGCAAUUGAACAAAAGCUUGACGUCGCGGGCGUCAAAUAUUUCGGAACUCGGUGUUAAGUAUCACCAGAUCAGUAACAAAGUCAAGGAGUUGAAUAAUCGUUGGCAUCAGUAUGUGGCCAAUCAUCAGGACUUUGAUAAUCAAAUAACAGCGUGCAUGGGUUGGCUGGAGGGAAUUCGUGAAAAACUUGCUUACUGCUCCGAUCUUAGUACCUCGUCCCGAAAGGAUCUGGAAACUAAAAUGGAGAUGAUACAGGGACUGUUAUUGUACAAAGAGGAUGGGUUCGCCAAGAUUCAGGGAAUCAUCGAACUGGCACAAAGUGUUCUUGCCAAUACAGCGCCAGGCGGUCAUAGGGCGAUCAACGAAUCUGUGGCGAAACUUCAAGAGCAAUGGAGUUCUUUAGCUUCAAAGAUGCUGGAAACUAAGACAAACCUCGAUGACUCCAUUAACAAAUGGACUGGGUUGUUAGAGCAGAUUCAAUCCCUCACUAAAACCGUGGAGUACAUGCAGACAUCUCUCAAUGAGGUUCUUCCGUUCCAGACAACAAUGUCAGAAAAACGAGCGCAAUUAGAGAGGAUAAAAGCUCUGGAGGAGAAAGUUAGAUGUGAGAAUAUUGAAGUUGAUGGUUUGAAGACCAAAGUUGCUGAGAUGAUUGCCAGUGGUGUACAGGGGGCCUCAGCAUCUCAGGCCCAAGACACCCUGAAUAAAUUUGAUCAGUUAUUCGAGCAGAUUAAGUCUCUCCUGAUCGAGCGUGAAGAUCAAUACAAAGAUCACAAAACCUACAAAGAAGCUCAUGAUGAUCUGAUCGCUUGGUUAAGUCGUGCGAGGGAGAAGAUUCCGACAAUGAAGCAGAAAACAUUGAGUGAUAAACUGGCUAUUGAAAAUGCCGUGGCACCUUUAGAGAGUCUCCUGAAUAAAAAAGCCCAGGGUGAACUUUUAGUGGAACAACUGCAAAAUACUGGCCAAGUUGUUUGCGCGAGCACCAGUCCCCAGGGGCAGGAAGUAAUCAAAAAUGAAAUUAGAGCACUUGCUGAAAGCUUCGAGACAAUGUUCAGGGAGAUUCAACAGCAGAAGAAUCAGCUGGAGGAGACGGUCAACCAAUGGCGAGAGUACAAGGACGAGUACGAGCGUCUGAGUGAUUGGCUUCAACAGUACGACAUUCUGAUCAAAGCACAGAAGAAUGCGCUACUUCCCAAUAUCCAAGAGAAAGCAAAACAAGUGAACGAAGUCCAGGAUAUUCUGGAGAAUUUGUUGAAGGGUCAAGAGCAGAUCGACAAAUUCAACAAAACAGCUUCAUCUCUUCUAUCGUCUCACUUGGAUACUUAUGUUAACAAUCAAUUGAGGCACUUGAACUCUCGUUACCAGGUCCUGGUGAAUUUGGCGAAGGAUGUUCUUAACAAGGUCGAGACUAAUUUAAGCCAGCACCAGGAGUAUGACUUGAACCUCGGGAAAGCUCGAGAAUGGAUUGAUAACGCUAAACAGAUUAUUCGACAAGGAACAGAGGGUGCAUCAACCAGCAGUCGAGAGGAAUUGCAGGAGAGACUGGACAAGAUUCAAGAUUUACUGAAGAAACGAGAGGAGGGACAGAACCUCGUGCAUUUAACCGUCAAUUGUGGUGAAAAAGUAGCGAGGAAUACAAGAUCUGAUGGUAGAGAGGAGAUUAAUGCUCAGCUGAAAGAAAUCCAGAACGACUGGGAACGUCUAGUGAAAAAGAUUUCAACCACGAAAGUUCACCUGGAAACUAGCCUCCUUCAGUGGGCGGAUUACAGCUCGUCUUAUUCGCAAUUACAACAAUGGAUCAACGACAGAGAAGCUAAACUCCAGCAAGUCUGUGAACAGAAAGUUUCAAAAGCGAAGAAAGGCUUAGUUGGGCUCAAUUCUCUAGCAAUUGGAGAACGAAAAGCCAACUUGAGACAGACAAACAGUAUCGUCCAGGAUAUAGUAGCCUUUGAGCCAAUGAUACAAUCUGUGACAACAAAAGCUGAAGAUCUUCAGCAAGCAACUCCUGCCACUGAGAUCUCGAUAAAGUAUGAAACCCUGAGCAAACAUGCCCAAGAACUUUACGCGAAACAAAAGGAAACGGUGGAGCAACAUCAAGCCUUCAUCGACAGUGGUAAUGAGUUUGUUCAGUGGCUGAGAAUCGCCAAGGAACGACUGGGAAAAUGCUCAGAACCUACUGGAGACAAAGAGUCCCUUUCCAGCAAGAUAACACAACUCAAAAUUCUCCAGAGUGACCUCCCUGAAGGGCAGAGAAAGCUAGAGAAAGCGUUAGAAUGUGGUAAUGCUGCUUGUCAAAUAGCAGACGCCGAGGACAAGGAAAUAAUCGAGGAAGAAGUGGCCAUAUUGCAGGAGGAAUAUGACAAUUACGUUGACGCACUGAACAAUGCCAAGAGUUUGCUAGAAAUUGGUAUUGUAAAGUGGACAGAAUAUGAGGAUCAGUAUUCAGAGUCGUUGGAGUGGCUCACACAAACAGAACAAUUGGUUCAGCCAUUCAACAAACUCCAAGACAGUCUGGAGGAGAAAAAGAAUGUCCUCGAGCAAUUCCAAAUUCAUCUGCAGACAUUGUUCGACUGGCAGAAAGAACUAGACAGACUCAACAUGAAGGCACAGGUUCUCCUGGAGACAUGUGCAGACACCAGAAUAUCAAAUCAAGUGACUCAACUCACCACGAAGUACAAUGCAUUAUUAUCCCUCGCGAAAGAAAUAAUGCGACGUUUAGAAUUGCAUUAUCAAGAGCACCAACAGCAUAAUACACUUUACCAGGAAUGCCAAGACUGGAUAGACCGAACUCGAGAGAAACUUGGUGAGUGCAAAGUCAUCCCAUCGACUCUCACUGAAGUCAAUAACAAAUUGAACACCUGUAAGGCAAUUCGCCAGACGCUGGAGCAGGGACAGAAUAAAUUGAGAUAUGCUCUGGAGCUGAAGGAGAAAGUUAUCAUGAAUACUGAACACAAUGGCGCCGCCAAACUCCAGGAAGACACUGACAAUCUUCGGGCAGACUUCGAGAAGCUCAUGAUUGAUGUUGAGGAAGCACGACAGAAACUCGCGGUUCGUGCUACCGCACUUGAAGAGCUCGCCAAGCUUCACCGACUUAUAACGGAUUGGAUUGACGAGGCUGAAGUCAAGGUGAGACCUCAGGAGCCUUACAAGAAUGAUUUGAGUGAAAAGAGAGCAUUGCUGGAAAAGUACAGAACUGUUCAGAGAGACAUGCAGGUCCAGGCUGAUACAAUGGACAAAUUAAAAUCGAAAUUGAAUGAAGAUACCAGCAUUGCAAGAGGACCCUAUGACACUACGAUAUCGAAAUAUGAAGAUCUUCGCAGAUUAGUCAGUGAAAAAAUAACUACUUUGGAGGAUCAGGUGAGGGAGCACGAGAGGUUCCAACAGGCCCAGAACGAGGCGUCCGAUUGGGUCAGGAAAAUGAAGGUGGACGUUCAACAGUAUAGCUUGACUCAUGGAGAGAAGGAGAAACUCAUUGAGCGCGAGAGGAAAAUCAACGAAAUCAUGCAAUCCUUGCCCAAGGGUGAAUCCCUCAUUAAGAAAGUGGUUGAUCUCAACGAGUCGGUGAUUCAUUCAACAGGGCCUGAGGGUCAAGACACUAUCAGGCAAGAAGUGCGACAGCUUCAGCUCGAUUGGAAAGCUUUAAAGAGCCAGUGCGAGGAGUCCCAGAAGACAUUAUCAAACUGUAUAUCCAUGUGGUCACAAUUCAAUGCUGCCACGGACAGCAUGAAAGCUUGGCUUGACCAAUUCCAGAACAAAAUAAAUGAUGAACAAACUCGUGAGAAUAAAACUCCAGAAGAUCUGGAAAGGUGCAAACAAUUGGUGGAGGAGGCGAUCCGUCAAAAACCAGUUCUUGAGGAAUUGAAUGACAAAUGUGAAGCUCUUCUUGAAAUUUCGGCUUGCAGCUGGGCGAGAGAAAAAACUGUUCAACUGCAGUCGAUUUACACUGCACUCUUGACUGAAGCCCAAGGAUUAGUAUCAAGAGUCGAGAAAAAUCUCUCCGAUCAUACGGAAUUCUUGAAAGCCAAGAAAGAAAUGGAGGAUUGGUUGCAGACAGCACAUGGCUCAGUGCAAGAUUGUGCUGGGGUAGGGGAUUUAGAUUGGGCUCGUGAUAAGCUCCAGACAACAAAACUGGUGGCAACUAGAAUAACGGAGGGACAGCAUUUGUUAUCAACACUUCAAAAUGUAUUUGCCAAGGCAAUAAACACUGCACUUCCUGAACAGCAGGAACAAUUAAGAGGUGACAUGGCUGCGAUGAGGUCCAGUUGGGAGCAGCUGAGUAUGGAUCUCAAUACUGUGCAGGCUCAAGUCAAGUCAAUUUUAACUCGAUGGGAGGAUCACGGUGAUGCUUACGAAAGAUUUAACAAAUGGUUGCAAGACACAGAAACUACCAUUCAAUCACUUCCUGAUACUAAAGGAGAAAUUGGCGAAAUGAAAACCCUUUGUGAACGCUAUCGCCAUAUUCAGGAGGAAGUGAAGGUGAAGAAAACAGAUUUAGAUCAUCUACUGGAAGAGUCUAUUGAACUGUCUUCGUGGGCGAAAGAUACCAGAACAGAAGAAGAGGCGAAGAAACUUGCUAGUCGGUGGGAAAAUUUGCGAAAACUUGUGGACGAACAGAAGAGUCUAGUGGAAAACGAAAUCAGAGAGUACAAUUCAUAUCACAAUGCACUUCAGGAAACAGAAAAAUGGUUACUUCAGGUGUCCUUCCAACUGAUGGCCCACAAUUCCCUGUUCAUCACUAGUAAGGAGCAGACACUAUUGCAGAUUAAACAGCAUGAUACUCUUCUACAAGAAAUCACGAAUUAUCAGCACAAUUUAGAUGAACUGAAGGAUGAAGGACAAGGACAAAUCGAUCGUUACGUCUCUGUGAAUCCCGCUAUUGAAUCUACCAUUCAAACUCAAUUACAAAACGUUCAGGACAGUUACAAUUCUCUUUUGAAUACUGCUCUUCAAAUUAAGAAUCGUUUGAGUGAGUCUCUCGGGAAAUUUGAAGAAUACGAGAGAACUUUGGAGAGUAUAAUGAAAAAUUUGGACGCUUACGAGCCGGAGAUGAACCAACAGUUGGACGCCACGUUGGACACCCUUGAGAGUGCAGAACAGAGUCUGGAGAGUGCACGAAUACUUCAUAAUAAACUUCAAGCGGAAAAGGCAAGAUUGGCAGUGGCUAUCGAGGCUUGCGAAGCUGCCGCUGCUUGUGUAUCACGACCUGGCAGCCCUCUAGAUGCUCCACCAGUGCAGAUACCGCAACGAGAGGUCGAAGUGAGGACUAGACUCGAAGAUUUCAUCGAUCAGAAAGAUAAUCCGAGUACUGCUGACAAACUGAAGGUACUCUUGAGUGAUGUGGAGAGUAAAGGCUUUUUAACGAAACUGAAUGACAUGUGUGAUAAGAUGCAGGUGCAUUUGGCAAACGUUUCCAAAGCGGUAGGAGACCAGGAAGAGCAAACCCGCCAGAAAAAUGCUCUACGUUCCUGGAUAAAUCAACAGCGAGCCCUUUGUGCCGAAUGGAAAUCUCGUCCAGCAAAGUUGCGAGCAGAAGCAGCUCAAGCCGAACUCCAGGCGAUGAACGACAUCUUAACAAGCGUAGCAGAUCGUCGAUCUCGUGUAUUAACUGAAAUGAACCUCCGAACAGACGGUCAAGAUGACGAUAUCGAGGAGGGCCUGAACAAACUUGAAUCAGAACUUCUGGAGGCGAUCGCUGACAAACAAGCGGCCCAGGACUUGAUACAAAAAUACAGAUCUCAAGUUCACGACAUUCAAAAUUGGUUCGAUUCUCUCGCUAAGAAAGUCGACGUCAUUGAAAAGGGAAAUGGUUUGAACAUCGGUCAGAAGAUCUCAGCAGUGAAAAACAUAACUUUAGAAUUCGAGACUCAGGCACCACGGAGACUGGAAGAGGUUAAGAACUUCGCUGAUCAGGUGACAGAUUCAGUCAGCAAUCUUGAUUCUCAGCAGAUCGAAGAGCAAAUUAAAUCAGUGGAGCGAAGAUAUGCCGACAUUGGCAAAAAGUUGCAGAGGAAAUCACAAGUCUUGGACAUGACGGCCCAGGGAAUUGAAGCAACGCGAAAAGAAAUUGAGGAUAAUAGAGAGUGGAUCAAUCAGAAGAAGCAACAGGCCAGAGUCCGUGAACUUCUCGGCUACGAAGUCAAACACGCAGACGAUAGGGUUCAGUCGCUAAAGGCGAUGUUGAAAGAAGCCGAAAACAAACAGAUCGUUAUCGACACUCUAGAAAAACGAGUUGGCAAUAUGCAGAAUGAACUUGAAGUAGCGGAGCAGCAGGAAUUGGAGUCGAGCACUAGAUCACUUCGAGGAGAACAGGCAGAGCUCUGUUCAAUUCUCAGAGAAGAAAUCUCUGGCGCUACAGCUGCGUCAGACGCGCGAAAGAAACUUGAAUCUGAUCUCGAUCGUGCAAAACUGUGGAUUCGUGCAACGCACAAUGACCUGAAGAAGCUCAGUGGAUAUUUGCCAUUGAGAAGUUUCAAAGUCGAGCAAGAUAUCGCCCACCACAAUGGAAUAGACACAGAGAUAUCAGCGUUUAGUGAGCACAGUUUGAAAAAUGUCUUGAAGCAUGCAAAUUCACUGAUGCGAGAUUGCAACGAUGAAGAUCGAGCUAAGCUUCAAUCGAUUAUGAAUGCCCUCAACGAGGAUUACGAUGCCCUGAAACAAGAGGCAGCUGAAAAACAAGCGUCAUUGGUAGACCUUCUCCAAGGACGAAAGGCCUUCGAAAGUGAGAUCGACCGCUGCCAGCGGUGGAUCAAAGAAGCUGAGACUGCGACAUCCUCAGACGUAAGAACAUCGAGUGUCGACGUUCUCCGCGAACAGCUGGCCAAAUACGAUCGUCUGAAGGACGAGGCCAAAUCGUUCGGAGAAGACGUGGAAAAGAUCCUGCAACAAGGAAAAUCCAUACUGCCCACGGUAAGCGAUGCAGAUAAGUUAGAAUUGAGUGAUCAAUUGAAGAGCAUGAAAGACGCACACAGCCGAGUAGCUGCUAUCAUCAAUGAAAGAGCAGCGACAUUGCAGAAGAGCAUUGCUGAGGCUGAGGAGGCAGCAGCCCGAGUGGCAGAAGCAGUUCAAUUCAUGUCCGACAUUCAGAAGCAAUUGCAGGAUCUCAAUAAGCCAAUUGGACCGAGGGUCGAGGACGUGGAGAGCAUGCUAACUGCAUAUGAGAAGAUCUUGGGAGAUUUGAAGGCUAAUAAGGAAAAAUUGUCAGACUUGCAGUCGACAAAUAUUGGCGAUCUCCAUGGAGUCAUUGCCCAGCAGGAUGAUCUCAUUCGUGCUUUAGAAGCGCAAAUAGCGAAGUUGCGACAACUUCUACUGCUUCGUCAGCAGUUCCUCGCUCUUAUCGCUGAAAUAACGGCGUUCAUUGCUAAAUACACGGAAAUUGUGAGGGAUAUUGAGAAGCAGGAUCAGCCGAUUGAAGACAAGAUCAAGAGAUAUGGCGAUGUAAUUUCGAAAAUCCAAGAGUGUGAGGCAACGUUGGCUAGUGCAACAGACAAGGGACAGCAGAUUGCAGCUGAUGGAUCUGCCAGUGAUAGGAACAACAUCACUGAUCAAUUAGGAUCGUUGAAGCAACAACUGCAGGGCCUCAGACGAACUGUUGAGAUGCAGAGAGAUCAGCAUGAGCUGACUGUUGCUGAACACAAACGUCUGGCUAAUGAACUCUCCGAUAUUCUGGAUGGCAUGGACACGAAGGAAAAACUUGUGAAAUCCCGACCAUUACUGGAGAGAUCUCCUGAGAGUGUUGAAGAUGAGAUCAAUAAACACAAGAUUCUCUGUGAAUCAGUAAACGAGUAUCUCGAUAGAAUUCGAGCACUGAAAGCUUCGGUUAAACAUGAGGAAAGCAUGCCGGGAUCGUUGAAGGAAAUGCUGAGUGAGGCAGUUUCAUUGCUGUCAUCAUUACCGAGAGAAAUGGAAGAUCGUGGUGCUUACUUGGAGAGCAAUUAUCAGAUGCGAUUGGAUUAUGGAGUGUUGACGGAGAAACUGCAUAAUUGGGUGAGAGAGGCGGAAAUCAGACUGCAGAGUGAUAAGGAUGGACUUGAUUUUGAUAAUAUCGUGAGUGAUCUCGAGGAGCACAAGAUUUACUUCAGUUCGGAAUCAUCAAUUCGCGAGUUGGUGUCUCAGCAGAUUCAACAGUCGGCCGACAAAAUCUGGCCGUCGUUAACUAGUGCAGAACAGGAGGAGUUGAGCCUUGAACAGCAGCAACACACUCAACUACUCAAGAACACGUUGAACACUGCCAAGUCACAUCGUGCCAGGCUCGAACAGGGCGCAGACAGCUGGAAAGAUUACACUCAGACCUUAGAGCGUGUGAAAGCAGUGAUCGCCAGGACGAGAUUCACUGACGAACCCGUGACAACACUUGCUGGACUCCAAUUCAAUAUUCAGAAGAUCACACAUGCACUUAAUGACAUUCAGAAUCAGCAAUUCGAGUUGGAUCUAUUGAAUGAACGUGGACAGGAAGUGCUGAGUCUAGCUGAUGUUAAUAGCCAUCGGAAUAUUGAAGCACAACUUGCAGAGUGCAAUGCUGAGUGGCGUGAGCUUGUGUCCGGGUUGGAGGGACGUAGGGAUACCCUCGAGGCGCUUUCCAAACAUUGGGAGGAGCUUGAGGCAAGGUGGAGUCACACGGAAACGAGACUCACGGCGAUUGAGGAGAGAAGCAAACUCGUGGAUACUGUGGUCAGGUCGAAGCAACAUAUCAGGGAUACGAUCAAAGCUCUUGAUGAGUUGGUUGUUGAAGCUGAAAAGCUCGAGCCUGUCACGGAGGAAGUGAAAGGUCUCACUGGACCAGUGUUAGCUUAUCUCGCAGCUUUCACCGACGCUCCAGCCCGCGCUCUUCAAGAACGUCUUGACAAACUCGAGAAGUCUUCGGCAAUGCUCGUCACGUCUCUCCGUUCAAAAUCGGAAAAAGCCCGAGGUGAUUUGGAAUCGCUCGAUCGGGACGAGAAAGAAGUCCGCCAGCUUCAACAACGCCUGGAGGAGCUUCAUCAGCGCAUUGUAAUUUUCUACGUGUUUGGAUCAGAUCAAGAGGAUAUUGAGAACUCUAUAGUCCAUCUGAGAGAGAGCCUAUUUGAGCUUGUGGACACUGUUAAGAGAUUCUCCGGUAGCACUAAGGCGCGGUACCAAGCUAGCCAGCAGCUGGUGCCGAGUGAUUUGGCUCAACAAUUGACAUCACUGGAGCUUAACGCUGAGAGCGCAGUACAAGCGAUGGAGGAGAAGCAGAGGGAGCAGAAGCGAGCAAGAACAAUAAGGAGUGAUUAUUUGUCAGAUGUUGAUGAGCUUCAAGGAUGGAUACGCCAGGCUGAGCUCAAGGUUCAAGACAGAUCGAUUGAACCGAUGAAACUCAGGGAAUCACUUCGACAAAUUCAAUCCGAACUCACAGCCAUGGCUGACAAACUCGAGAGAUUGACGAAGAAUGGACAGACAAUCAUGGAAAAUACAAGAGACGAUGAGGAGCGAGAAUUGAUUUGUAAAACAAUUUCAAAUCUUACCGAACAAUUGGGACAAAUAAGAUCCUGGCUGGAGGAGAAGAAACAGCAAGUCGGUGAUACUCUCGAUGCUUGGCAAAGAUUCCUCGCUCUCUAUGAAGCUGUCAGAGCUUGGACUGAGGAGAAGAGGGUAUUCCUGCAUGAACCAUUGAGGCUCACAUCACUCGUUCAAACUCGUCAAAGACUGCACGAUUACUCGACCGCUGUUAAGAGUUGCAAACAAGUCAACAAAAAUCUGAGUGACAUGGGCAAGGAGUUGGAAUUGAUCGGUCAGUUCACGAGCGUUGGAGAUUUGCCAGAGAAACUUACGCAGGCUGAAGAAGCCAAAGUCGAGGUUGAGGGUCAAUUAUUGCAGAGGAAUGCACUGCUCCAAGAAGCCAGCGAGGAGUGGGAUCAGUGUGAGAAGAAAUUGAAGGACGCUAAGAGUUGGUUAGAGAAGGCAAGACAGAAUUUAGAAUCCCAACAAAAUAAGAAAAAACCGUUGAGAGAUCAGCAUGCGAUUAGGGAGAAAAUGCUGAGUGAUGUUACAAUUCAGAAAACAAAAAUUGCAAUGUCGGUUGAAAAACUCGAGGUACAUUUCAAGUCGGGACUCGUUGCUGAUACUAAAAUCAAUGAGAAUGCUGAUGAAAUUGUUGGCGAAUUAAAUACUCUCAAUGAAAUCGUUAAGGAGCAGGCGUCUUCGUUAGAGAGUUGUUUGGUACAAAUCGAUCAGUAUCAACAGGAAAUACAACAACUCAGACAUCAAAUUGUCCAAGUUGAACAGCAACUGCGGGCUGCUCUCAGUCCCACUUAUCUACCAAAUGACCGUGAAACGGCAAUGCAAGAACAACAGGCCUUACAGACGCAAAUCGACGAUUGGAGUCAACGAUCGAGAGCAGUGAUGGAUGAAAUUCACACCCUGGAUCCGUUCUAUUCGCCAUCCGGUGACCAGAGUCCAAUUAAAAUUAUUGGUCUUAUUUCAUACGCUGACAUUGCGGCCGGUAGAUCAAGUCCCACAUCUAGAAAUACUUCUAGAAAUACUUCUAGGAAUGCCAGUCCCCACAAAUGUCCACAAGAUAUAUCCCUCGAUGCAACAACUACCCAUAAAAUCCACCGUCCUGUUGGAAUUCGUCCACAAACGAGACUCCCCCCAAAAUCUCAUGAUGAGCCACGACAAGAGAAAACAGUUCAUCCCAAGUCUCAAGGGAAAGCCGAGAAAUUAGGGAGACGUGAUGUAUCAAAAGAAUCUUCUAAGAAAACCAAAGCAACACCUCAGCAAUCAGCACGUCGUGGAAGAUCUCCCACCAGAAAAAUGGAACAACCCAAAUCUCCAGGUGUUCAAAUUCAGGUGACUGUUGAUGAAGCUCCAGCACAACAACAUUAUUCACAUAGGACGCAGUCCUCAGAAUCAGGGGCUCUGGCUCCAAGGGAGUCGCCUAGGGGAAGAUCUCCAAGUCCCAUAUGGAUUCCGGGUUCCACAUCAUACGCUGAAAUUCUAAGGGGCAAUGCCCAGGAGCCGUUUACAGCUGUUGCUGUCGAGCAAGAUUCAACUAUGACGAAAUUAUCAGCUGGAAGUAAACCAGAUAUCACAGAUGCUCGACCUCAAAUAAUCAAAACUGCAGAUGUAGGACGCGGCCUGUCUGCACGCCAGGAACAUCCUCAACCUGGAAGAGAUGUUGAAAUUUCUUAUCAUGAAAUCAGCCAGAUUCCUGAGCAAGUUCAAGCAUGUUCACCAUCGGUGAUUACGGAAUCCUGGACUGAAAGUUCCAUGGAAGACUACCAAGUACUAAAUACAGGAUACGAAACAAUUCCGCAGCCUCCCCGGACAGAGGUGUACAGCUACAUGCAUCCUAUGCCGGAAUUAGUGGGUUUCAUUAACGCAGGAUUGGGAGGAUAUCCAGUGGGCUCGUAUGUGUAUCCUCAAGGACAUCAACAAGUCGCUGCGAUGGAGAUGCAGCUGAACCCAUACGAAACCCACAUGGGAUACAGUGAUGACCGUUACAUGUCCUCUCAGGGUUAUUUAGCUACAGGAGUAUAUCAACAAGUGUCACUUCAGCAGUGCCCAGACCCCGAAAUUCGCUAUCAUGAUUCACCAAUUCCCCUACAAGCCCCCAAAAUUCGUCCAGAAUCGAAAAUACCUGAAGUUCAGAGUCCUGUGGUCGCCCCAAAAAUCAUUGAAGUUUCGAAACCGAGUGAAGUUGUUGAACACAGAGAGGAAAUAGCUGAAGAAACUAAGGAAAGCAUUCAUAAGCCAGUUAAUGUGGAUGUAGAACAGAGUGAUACGAGAGGGCCGUCCAUAUCAUACGCGAAAAUUUUAUCCACGGGUUUACCUGCUGUCGUCAUUCCACCACAAAGUGAAGGAAUAGACGCAGGUAGACGUUCGCACUCUCCUCAUGAAGUUACACCACUUGAAGCGAAGCUCAAUAGAGGAGCUAAUAAACUGUCCAAUGUCUUGGAAGAGAAUGCUGGAUCAGCGAAAAAGUCCGAUAAAAACUGGGAUACAAUUAAGAAGAAAGAUUCAAGGAAAAAAGCUCCGGAGAAAUCUCCGGUACGAGCGGAGCCGAUUCCAAAGGAGAAAAAAUCAAAGAAACAGCGAGAAAGAUCCGAGAGAUCAGAAGACAAAAAGGCUCAUAAAGUAGUCCCGGACGAAAAGUUAAUAGAGAACAUCGAGAAAUCCAAACCCGCUGUUAAGGUUCAGGAAAUCCAGGAGGAUGUGAAGACGGAACUGAAGGAGGAACAGGGGGAAUCAUGUGAACUUCCAACUCAGAAGAAACGCAAACAAAAGAAGAAGAGAACUGAUAAGAAAUCUCACGAUGACGAGAUUGAUAAGGCUCUGAAGGAAAUUGAAAUAAUGGAUAAGAAGGUUAGAGGACAAGGUGAGAGGGAUCAGAAAAUUCUGGAAGGAAAGCCUCAGACAGGAAGUAUAACAGGGAAAACUGCGGAAAAAGAUGAAGUUGUGUCACAGCCGAAGAGAAAAUCUGAAAAGAGUAUGGUGAUCAAAGCUGAUGGAGACUCAGUAAAGGUCAAGGAGCCAGAAGUGCAAGAAGCCUUCAAAGGUAAAUCGAAAAGUAAAGGAAAAGGAUCCCAUCAAGAGAAAAUUGUUGAUAGGAAAUCUGAAGAGAAAUCGGAGGCUAAAUCAGGAGAGGAAUCGCUGAUAAAAUCAGAAGCAGAAGUGAAGAGUGAAAUGACAAAACCAUCACAAACUGACUCCUCAAAGACAACAGAACUCAGUGAAAACUUUGAGGCUAAUGCUGAUAACAAAUGCAAGGUUGACAAAAAAUCUGAUGGUAAAAAAAAGAAAGCAGACAAAAAAUUGAAUGGAAAGGCUGAAGAGAAAGCUGAAGGGAAGUUGGACGAGAAACCACAGUCAGAAGAGAAAUUACCAGCCAAAGUCGAAGAGACCAUCAAAACAUCUGAAGAAAAAUCAGAAGUGAAAACUGGAGAGAAGUCUCGCACUAAGUCCCAACAGAAGAAGAAAUCAGAGAACAAAAUUCAUCCUCAAUCUGAAGACAAAUUAAAUGUAAAAUCUGGAGAGAAAGUUAUAGCUGAGAUAAAAUCUGAUGAAAAACUGGAAACAAAAUCAGAAAAAGUAUGUGAAUUGAAAUCCGAGAAGAAUUCAGACAGAGAAAUCGAGGUGAAAUCUGAAGCCAAAGUAGAUUUGAACUCGAAAUCCGACGGAAAAUCUGUAGCAACAGACAAUGAGAAACCUCAAGAGAAAUCACAAGGUAAAUCUCAGAAGAUAACCAAACAGGAAGCCAAAAUGCAACAAAAAUCCCAAAAGGAACCUACACCUGAAAAACGAACACAAUUAAAAACGAAUGUUGAAGUCGUAUCGCAAGAAAAAAUGCAAUUCCAACCUGAAGAAAAUCCAAAGGUGGAUGAUGCAACUCCGAAAACAUUCACAGAAACAAGUCAGAUAAUUCUUGAAGAAACACUGACAAUAAAGUCUGAUGAAAGCUCGCAUUUGAAAGAGGAAAAAACUGUGAAGUCAAAGACGGAAAUGUCAAUGGAAUCAGAUAAGAAACCUCAACUAACAUCGGUAGAUAAAUCCCAAAGUAGUUCUCAAAGAAAAACUAAAACUGGACAGAAAUCUCAGGGAAAACUUCAGGAGAGCCCUAAAGUCGCCGAAGUUUUGAAAUCAGAAGAGAAAGGCAAAUUUAAAUCGGAGGAAAAACUUCAAUUGGAGAUAGAACAGAAGCCCAAGGCAGAGGAGGCAUCCUCUCAAGAAUUUGACGAAAAGGCUUUACCGAAUCCUGAGAAGAAAGAGGAAAUUACAUUCGAUGAGAAGUCGCAAUUACACGUGGAACUCAUUCAAAAAUCAGAUGGAAAACCCUCUAUGGAAUUGACUGAAAAAUCGCAGCCGAAAUCCAAAUCUGGAAAGAAACGACAACAUAAAAACCAAGAGAAACCUACAAUCGGUGAUACUUCAAAAUCAGAAAAGGUUGAAAUUAAAUCAGAGCUGAAAACACCGUUAGAAGUACAAGAGGCACCAAAAGUGGAUGAGACAGCCAGUAAGAAAUCAGAAGAAAUGACUCUAACCAUAUCUGAGGUAAAAAUGGAUAUAAAAUCUGAAGAGGAUGUACAGUCGAAACCCGUUCAAAAAUUAGAACAGGAAUUUUGUGUGGAAUUAUCUGACAAAUCUCAAACAACUUCAAUUGAUAAGUCUCAAAUAAAAACUAAAUCUGACAAGAAGCCCAAGCAAAAACUUCAAGAGAAACCUUCGGUCGAUGAAAUAUUAAAGUCAGAAGAGAAAAUGGAAACAACAUUAUCGGAGAAACUUGAAUUGAAGGUGGAAGUAAAACCCCAAGUAGUUGAAAUAAUACCUGAGGAAAAAGUGGAGACAGCAACCACUGAGAAUCCAAAAUUAGAGGUGAACCCCAGUCCAAAACCGGAGGAGGAAUCCGGAAUAAAAUCGGAUGAGAAGUCGGCACCAAUAUCAGCAGUAAAAUCAGGCCAGAAAUCCAAACCAAAAAAGAAGUCUCCAGCAAAACCAGAAGAAAAAUCACAACCCAAACCCGGAGUGAAAUCUGAGAAAGGUUCAAACAAAACUGAGCUCAGUCCUGACAAAAAGGUUGAUGCAAAACUCCAACAGUCAAUAGAAAAAGAUGAAAUCUCGAAAGAGUUAGAAAAACCCCUGCCAGGAGAAGAGAAAAAACAUGAGAUGAAAAUUGACGACAAAUCAUCAACGAAAUCUGAAAUGUUGCCUUCAACUAAAUCCAAAGAGCAGCAUGCGAUUGACAUUGAAGAAAAAGUGAUCAUACCUGAAGCGAAAACCCUUCCUAAAUCAGAAGAUAAUGCAGUACCCGAAAUAAAGGUAAAACCACUGGAAGUCCUCGGGCCAAAACAUGAAGAUCAACCAGCACUCACUCUUCAUGAAGAGAAUAUAUCUCUAGAAAAACAAAGUCUAAUACCUUUGGAAAUUAAACCUGAAGAGACAAAGUCAAAUGAAUCUCCCGCGGAAGUUAAAAAUUCACAAAUAACUGUCUCACUACAAGAAGUUGUUUGCACAAAGCCAGAGAAUCCAUCUGAUGGUCAAGGUAUAAGCGAUGCUCAUGAAGGAGUGAAAGCUGUUAGUAAUUCUGCAGAAUUGAAAGAACAAAGUUCAAUCUUCAUUUCUGAAGAAUCAAGACAUGCUCAACCCGCGACAUCUGAAUUAGUAAUUCAGAAAGAGAAACCAAAACAAGUGCUGAAAUCAAAAAAACAGAGUAAAGAAAAAAUAGUAGUUGAGCAAAUUGCACCAAUGAUCGUUGUAGAGUCAAAGGAACACACAGAGAUUAAAGGCAAGGGUGAGCCCAAGAAAACAGUUUCUAAGGCUGUGACAUCAACUGUCUCAGAUAUAUCCGCCAAAGGAAAAGAUGAGUCGAAAGUAUCUCAUGUUAAAGAUGAUAACGACACGACAACAAAACCGCAAGUGGAUAAAGCAGUGAUCAUUGAGACCACAAUGACAACCGUGAAAACAACAAACACAGGAACUGAAGAGAUUCUUUCUCCCAACGUAAAAAUACUGGAAAAUGUUUCUCUUUCUACUAAGUUUGAAGAACUGGUAGAGUUGAGACCAGCAAGUGUUGAAGCUUCGCUCACAACAACUUAUGCUAUGGUCAAACCACAACCUCAAGCGAUUGUUCAGCAGAUGACUUCUCCGGUAGAACCUGAAACAUCUCCUCGGGAGAGUGAAAAAUCUGAAGUUUCCCUCUCCCAGGUUUCUAGUGGCGUAUCUCCUCUAGUGCCUGACAAACUGGCGACUGUUGAAAAGCAGAAAAAAUCCGAUCUAAGCAAGCUAGAUCAAACUCAAGGCAAACCAGAAUUUCAGAUUGAGGGCAACGAUUCACCGUUAUUUGGAAGUGUCCAAGAUAGAAAGAAAAGUAAAUCGAAAUCCAGGAGCUGUUCCUCCAUGCAAAUAGGCUCACAAGAUGGAAAAAGUGUUGACCCUACAAUUGCUACACGAGAAGAUCAAAAACCUACUGAAAUAGAAAAAACGGAAUGCUAUGCUGAAGAUGAAGAAAUCGUGAGGAUUAUGGAGCCUAUAUCUCCCCCGAAAAAAGUUGAUUCAUCUGGGACAUUGAUUGCCGAAGAGCAGAAGCAAUUAGUGAUAGAAAAAGGGACAUCUGCGGAAUUACUGGAUAGUACAGUCGUAGAACCAGUAAAACUCUCAAAAGAAAAUGCAUCGCCUGCUGAUGACUCCAUCUCUUCUCCCAUCAAAAAGUCGAAAAAAGCUGAACCCGAAAAAUUAUCGAAAAAACCUAAUACUAAGAAAAUUGACGUCGAAAACAUGUCACCCAUAGACUUGGCCAGUAAUCUGAUAUCUGAUCCAUUCCUGAAGCCCUAUUGGAUCCACUAUCAUCAAUAUUCGGAGGCAGAGAGUCACUUUCACCAACACUUCAAAGUAAUUCGAGUCGUCCAAGAACCCCAAGUUCCGCUUUUGUCAACAGAUGGAACAGAAUGCAGUAGUUUAGAGAGAAUUGUUCAAGAAUCGAAAAUGAAGAUAGAAGAACCUGAGCGUAAACGACCAGAAAAGAGUUCAGAAAUUCUUCAAGAACCGCUGAUAACAUUGGCACCUCAAGAAAAACCUCCAGUUUUGCUAGAACAACCAUUGGAAGCUCCAAUUUUAGAUACAAAAAAAUCAGAAAAACAAGGUGUUGAGAUCACACAAUUAUCAACCUUAACCGUACAGGAAAUAACUGGGGAAUCUCCUGUGCUUCCUUCAGAAAAACCAAAGUCUGUUGAGGUUGAAAGAAAAAUCGAAUCUCCGGAGAGAAAGUCAGAAACUGCAACAAUUAAGCAAGAGAUUCCAGAAAAUGAAAAAUCUAAACUCGUAAUCAAACAAGAGGAAUCAAAGGGAGUUCAUCUUGUCGCUGCUGAUGAUUGGAUGAGCAUAUUGGAUGGACCAAUGGUAAUUGAAGAUGAUGAUUUCGAUGAUAUCCCACUAUCUCCAGAAAAUGUAAAAUCUGAAGAUGAAAUAGCAGCACCGCAGCCCUCUGUGCCUUCGUCUAAAUCAUCGGACGACGUUGAACGAUCCUUCGGGAAGAUAGUCGAACAGCUCUCACAAUCUGAAACGGGUGAAAAACUGCUAAAAGAAGGAUCUAUUGCAAAUAGUCCAGGUCCUAAUAAAGAAAAAUCCACGGAACAAACAGAAAAAUUGAAAGAGUCUCCAAAGGAAACACUUGAGCAAGAUAAAUCCACCAUUAAAACAUCUGUUGCGGUUGGCAUUGAAAAGUCCGAAACGAUUCCGGUUCCUGACAAACCCAAAGAAAAGAAAAAGCAAGAUAAAAAGUCGAAGAAAACCGUUACUACAUCUGCAGAGGCUUCAAAGAAAAUAUCGGAUGCAAAACCGGAAACGUCACUGGACAUCACAUCAUUGAAACCAACUGUGGAACAGGUGAUUCCACCUGAAAAGUCGCAAGAAAAAAAUAUAUCUGAAACCCCAGCAAUUAAAAUUGGAGUUGAUGGAUCUACUGUUAAAGAUAACGAAUCAGGAAGAAAAGAAACAAGAAAAUUCUCAGAGAAGCUUGUGGAGACCUCCCAAAAAGCUGCGGAGGAAAUUAAAAAACCAGGUAUUGAAAUUCUACCAGAACUGGCCACAACAGUAAUUGAGGCGAAAUCAAUGGAAGUUGUCCAACAACUGAAGGAUGAAGUACUUGAUGCGGCGAACCAAGAGCUUCAGAAGUCCAGCGAGUCCAAGCAAUCUGAAGAAAAAGUCAAUGUUGCUGAGGAUAUUUCGACGACACCUUCACCGUCUCUUGUUAAGUCAUUAGAAUCUUCUGCUGACAAGUCAAAGAAAAAACUUAAAAAAUCAGAGAGAAAGCAGAGUCAAAAAUCAGUUGAACAAAUGCCAGGGCAACGUGACCUAGUGCCUCAAGAAAAAGAAAAUCUUGCUGCAGAAAAAUCUGCUGGAAUCCCAGUAAUCCUACCCGAGCUGGAAAAACCGAUUGAGGAGUCGGAAUGUAAAUUAUCUUCAGUAUCUUCGGAAAAAUCUAAACAAAAACAAAAAUCCAAAAAACCAGUUGAAAAUAUCCACCAAAUGUCCGACGAAAAGAUAACAAAAAUCACCGAAACAACAAUUGUGUCAUGUGUGUCUGAAAGACCAGAAGAAAUUGAAGCUCCAGUCAAUUCCAAUGGAAAAUCUUGGGCUUCGAUUGUCAGUACAAAAACGACAGAAUUUAUAGACCAGGAACUUGGAAGUUCCCCAUUACCGGCAGAUAUUGAAGUAAAACCCCCAGCUCAGUUGGAAGCUUCACCCGCACCUUCCAUCACUGAUUCAGCCAUUAAUCCUCCAGAUUCCCUUGUGGCUCAACCCGCUGCGGUCACGCGCCGAAAGACGAAGAAGAUAAAGAGGAAAGACAUAAAGCCAGAAUCUCAAAAACCCGCUGAAAUUCCCGAAGAAACGUCUGUUGAAAAAUCAAGUCCUACUCCAUCAGAGCAAGAAAUCUCACAUACUUGGGAUAAAUCUUUCGCUGAAGUGGUAGGCAAAUCGGAGACUUCUUCACCUCAACCUAUCGAGCAUCAAAGAACAGAUAUUGAGGUCGUGAAACCAGAACCCCUCCAUCCUCGCGGAUUGGAAGAAACUCCUCGUGAAGUGUCUGAAUUGCAGGAGGAAAUCACUGCAACCGAAGAUCAGAAGCCAUCUCAUCCAAUUGACAUCAUUGACGCUCCAACAAUUCCUUCCGAGACAUGUACCUCUUGGGCUGACGAGGUUGAGGUCGACAAGUCUCUAGAUCAUCGUCAAACUGAUCUAACUGUUCACCUCACGGAUGAACACGAUGACUCUUGGGCUUCGAUUGUUGCGAAAAAUCAGAUGAAAGUCCCGCAAGACGUCCCAGAAAUUUCUACUGCUAAAAAACCACAAAUAACCUUGGAAUCGGCGCCUCAGAUAGUCGUUGAAGAGGUGGUUGCACCUGAACCGAUAGAGAACGUGGUCACUGUGGACGAUCAAGGGUUCAUGGAGUUCGUGAACCGUCGAGAGUUGCGAUCACGCCGAUCGAGAUCCCGUUCGAGGAGUGCUAGACGUGAAGGCUCAUCACAGACACGAGAACAUACCGAAUCGAGCGAUGUCAACCCUGAAGCAUUAGAGACAAAAGAAGUAACUGGAGUAAAUAUACUCACUGUGACGCCGGAUACAGAGAGCUCUAAUGAUUCUGAAGCUUCCCAGAAGAAUAAGAAUAAGAAGGGUAAGGGAAAACCUUCAACACCUCAAGAUAAAAUUGAAAAACCAAAAGAGGUAGAAAAGAAGAAUGAGAAAACUAAGCCAGAUGUUAAUAAAGUUGCGGAGAUAGUUCCGAAACCAGUGGAAGAUGCGAAACUCCAGGAAGCAGUACAGUUAUCCCACGGGAAGAAUAAGAAUAAAAAGCAGAAGGGGAAGAAAUCAGCCACAGGAGAGCAAUUUACCUCAACAACUAUUGAUGAAAUGAAAUGUCAACCAAUUGUACCGCAGGAGAAGCCCGAUCCGCAGCCCCUGAAGGACAGUCAAGAAGAAAAAUCUGCUGCGAUUCUGGAACUAGUCGAAGAAAAAACUGUUGUAGAAGAAUCCGGCAGUAUCACAAAAUCAAAGAAGAAGAAAUCCAAAAAAUCCAAACCUGAACCUAAAACUGAAACACUUGAAACAAAGAUUGAACCCCCUCUUCCAAUCCUGAAAACGGUGGAAACGAUGGAGGAAAUACCGGAACAGAACAUGCAGCAAAAAGAAGAGUCCCACUCUGCGAACAAGAAGAAUAAAAAGAAAGAUAAAAAAUCUGACAAAUCUGAAACGGUUAUGUCUGCACCAACUACUGUAGACAUUUCAUCUGAGACAUGUCUUCAAGAAUCAGAAAGGAAGAAUGAAAAUGAACACAAGGAGGAGAUAGCAGUUGCAGUCCAACCCACAAUUGUGCCACAAGAUCACCUGGAGAAGAGCAGCUCGAAGAAGAAAAACAAAUUUGAAUCAAAGCCUGCUACUGUAAUAGAAAUAGACAAUUCUUCUCUGAAAAUUUCUAAAGAGCAAGAGCAUAUUUCUGAGCAGGUGUCCAGCGCUGUCAUUACUACAGAUGCACAAACUUCGAAGGACAAAGUUGAUAAUUCGAGUCAAUGUGGAAACAACAAAUCCAAGAAGAAUAAAUCUAAGAAGAGGCCAGUCAAAUCUAAUGACACUAAACCAGACGAAACUCGUAGCAGAGAUGACCAGCAUCACCAAAUUCAAACUACUGAGGAAAUAACUCCUCAAUCUGCUGAAGAACCGGUUGGCGAAAUCAAUACCUCGCAAGUUGCAGAGAAAGAAAUCUCUAAAAAAGGACAGAUGAUCGAAGUUCCUGCCAAAAAGAACGAGUCUUCUCAGCAAGGAGAUAAUCUCCAUGUAGUUCCAGAGCAAGAUGCCCCAAAAUUGCAAGAAAUACGUGAUCCUGCUCUAGAUAUUCCUAUAAAAACUGAAAAACCGGACCCUCCGACAAACACAGAGCCAACUUUGAUAAAGUCAGAGCCGCAGACAGUCAGCACUGAAUCUACCGUGAAAACUGAACAAACCCCACUGAAUGAACAAGCAGGUGAACCUGCUCAACUGAAGAUCGAACAACAGAUCAUCACUUUACCAGAGUCAGUCGAAAAAUCUCCGCAAAAAAUGAUUAAAGUCAAGCUAGAGCCCAAAUCAGAAUCAACUUCCCCGAAACCGGAGCUAUUCGGGCCUGUUGAACCCCCAACUCCUGAGGAUAUUAAAGCCGCCGGCUUCUGUCUAAUCCAUAAUGAUCCUGAAGCAUUCGAGGACAUGGUGAUAAUUCCACCGGUCUCCCUACAGACUCCUCCAAAAUGUCCGCUACCAAAAGCGAAAGCCUCUUCAGACCUUCAAUCCCAGUCUGACAUGACCCCAAUCGAAGUUUGCGAGACUUCCUCCGAUAAAGUUCAGUUUUACAUCGAUGAGGAUGACAUUGUAGUGAUCAGUCAUACUCCAAAAGAGGCAAAGUCCCCAAAAAUUAUCGAUAUCAUCGAAAUUAAUGACGACGAAAUCGAGGAAACAACGAGAGAAGGAGAAGAGCCCCCAAAAUCAUCGAACCUAUUGGAAUCAAUGGCCAUGGACAGCUUUUGGUACAACAAACACCAGUACCACACAGCAGAAAGAGAGUUCUUCGAGGCACUCGCUUCAAAAUCAAAGCAAAAGGUCUCAGAACCAAUUGAUAAAUCAAAUCGCGAUAAUAACAAUGACGAUUCUCACGGGGAUUCGGGUAAUGGUGGCGGACCCAAAGACACAACUAACACUUGCGCCACAUCAGCAUUACCAUUUACCGAAAGACUCGUCGCGGAUUUACCGGGUGGCAUGUGUAGCUGGAACGACUACAGCACCUAUUUAGCUAUCGAUACCGACAACACACGGGUGGAUCCACGUAAUCAAUAUCAAAAUGACAGAACCAAACGCGUCGAUAACUAUCACGAAACCUCCUAUUACAUUGCUUCUGUAUCUCUUCUUUCUGAAUCUAUGCUAUCCCAUUCCGAUAUUACCCCUCCACAGUCCACACAUUUAGGUAGAGAAUCUGGAGAAUCAAUGGAGCUGUCAACUGAUCAUAUCGAGGAGGAGGUGAUGGAAAACGUGGCUAAUGGAAUUCUUGGGUUCAAGGAAUCACUGGAGGGUGAUAUUCAUGAUCUUAGAGUGGCUGUUAACAGACUAGAAGAGGCUCUCGGUGAUUUACCGAAGGAGAGUUUACAGACAAUGCUGGUAACGCUAACGAUAAUUCAAAGCAACCUUCAAAUGCACGACCAAGCAGGCACCAAACUUCAGGAAAAACUCAGUAAAAUUUCUCCCAGUGCGGACACUCAAGAACUAGCAGCUUUGCUCGCUGGAAUUCGUACGAGAAUUGUAGCUCUCCUGUCCCAGGUAGAGCAAGGACGAAUCACCCUGGAGAAAGCACAAGAAGAUCAAGAACGACGAGAGCAAGAAGUCGUCCAGUACAGACAAUUCCUCGAGGAGACUGAAUUGUGGUUGAGGGCCUUAAUCAUGUCGUUUAGUCAGCAACACACUACUGAGUCGUACAAGGCCCUGCAGAACGAGUUAGAGACCAAAGCAGAUCGAGUUUCCAAGUUGGAGGCUCUACCCGAGGUCAAUGCAUUAGCAAGAGGACUGAAGGAUGCACUAAUGGAGAUGAAGACAAAAAUAUUUGAAAAGCAGCAGGUACACGAGACUUACAAGAUCACUGGGGCUUACGCACUGUUCAUUACUCAUCGCACAUCGGUUAUGGGACACGCUUAGAUAUUCAUCAUCACUUGUUCUUGUUAAAGAUGAAGGAAAAUGAAAGAGAAAAUAACUUUCUAGUAUCUUGCUCAUGUAAGAUACUCUGUAGAGUUCUCAGAUUUUGUUUUGCUCUUAAAAUAUCAGGGUUUUUUUGCACCACUUUUGUGACAAUAUUUCAGUUAAUUCUUCAUACAUCUUCUGCUUAAUAUCGGUUAAUUCUUUUUUCAUAAUCCUUUGUGGUAAAUGGUGUACAUUCAUUUCUAUUAGGUAUCACUAUUAGCUUACCUUAUUUGUGAAUACGUAAUUUGCUCUUCUCCUCAUGGGUAAUUCACAUUUUCUUCAAUUUUUCUAGUCCUUUGUAUUAAUGUUUUUCUCGUAGUGUAAUUUUAUUUAAUCUUCAAAUUACAUACUUCUUUUCUUCGUUGAAUAUAAUUCUCACGUAUCUAAAUGUAGUGGUUUAGUCUAAGGUGUAGAAAUUAAAUGUAGAUUUCUUGCAUGUAACUAGGAUUGUUUACAGUUAUUGUAAUUUGUUUAUUAUUAAAAUAUUACCGUUCAUCCCAAUUUUAUUUAUUCAUUACUGAGUAGCUAAUUUUUUGUUAUCACUUAGCUCAUCGCCAUCAGGCCUAAUGAAAUACAAUUUAAACACUUAUGAGUUUAUCAUCUAAUUCAUCGAAUGUAUAAUUAAUUAUCUAACAACACUUUCCUGAGCAUAAUUUUGCAAAACCU